AUGCCUCCGGCUACCAGUAGGGGGCCUAAGCGCAUUGACAAGUUCUAUCUCUCUCUGCCCGUCUCCCCGGCCACCCAAAAUGGAUGCUACGUGUCUGCUGGUCAUGGAGCCUGCAUGCCGCUACGGCCCCGCCUCGAGAAGUCAAAGCGAUCUCAAGCUACAACUGUCACUGUGGAACCCCUUCCCAAAAAUGGCAAAAAGGCAGACAACAGGAACUUUCUGGACAGGUGGGAGACAGAAUAUCUGUUUACAUAUGUAAAAGACAGACCUGUUUGUCUGAUUUGUGGAGUCAACGUGGCUAUAACUAAGGAGUACAACAUUCGACGACACUAUGAAACAAAACACCAUGACAAGUACAAGGACCUGGACAUGACUCAAAAGAGCCAGAAAGUGGAGGAGAUGAAAAGAAGUUUGGUUUCACAACAGAAUAUGUUCAAAAAAGCCACAUCACAAAGUGAGGCUGCUGUAAAAGCUAGUUCUAUUGUAGCAGUAGAGAUCACAAAAUCAGCCCGGCCCUUUAAUGAGGGAGAGUUUAUGAAAAAGUGCAUGUUGAAAGUUUGUGACAUCGUGUGCCCAGAGAAAAAGCAAGCCUUUUCAAACGUGAGCCUGAGCAGAAACACAGUAGCUGAUCGCACAUGUGAUCUUGCCACCAAUCUGUAUGACCAGCUUUUGGAAAAGGGAAAAGAUUUCGUUGCAUUCUCCCUUGCUGUGGAUGAGAGCAGCGACGCAUCUGAUACUGCUCAGCUGUCAGUCUUCAUCCGUGGAGUGGACUCAAAUAUGUGUGUUACGGAGGAGCUAUUGGGAUUCAAAUCAAUGCAUGGCACAACCACAGGAAAGGAAAUCUUUGAGGAGGUUUCCAAAUGCGUAACUGAAAUAAAGCUGUCGGAUAAAGUCGUGGGAGUAACGACAGAUGGUGCGCCAGCGAUGUGCGGUAAAACAAGUGGACUGGUGGGCAGGGUCCGGGAGAAGAUGCAGGAAGAGAACUGUGCAGGUGAACUAACUGUUUAUCACUGCAUCAUACAUCAGGAAUCACUGUGUGGCAAAGCCCUAAAGAUGGAACAUGUUAUGACCACAGUAACACAAGUAGUUAACUUUAUAAGAGCCAAAGGUCUGAAUCACCGCCAGUUUAAGUCUUUUCUGGAGGAGUGUGGUUCGGCGUAUUCAGACGUGCCGUAUCACACAGAGGUGAGAUGGUUAAGCCGAGGAAAAGUACUGAAUAGAUGUUUUGAGCUGCAUGAGGAAAUAUGUCCGUUUCUGGAAAGCAAAGGGAAGGACACAGCAGAGCUUCGGGAGAAAAAGUUUCUGUGUGAGCUGGCCUUUCUGUGUGACAUCUCGAGCCAUCUCGAUGCGCUGAACCUGCAGCUUCAGGGGCGCGGGCGCAUCAUCACAGACAUGUACGCUGCAGUGAGGGCUUUUAAAACUAAACUGUGCCUGUGGGAGAAUCAGAUGCUGCAAGGAAACCUUGGCCAUUUUCCCUGCUGCCCAACCAUGAAAACGCAGUUCUUUACAAACUUGUUCCCAUGCGCACAGUUUGCUGAAAAACUCAGUGUACUCGGCGCUGAGUUUAGCCGGCGAUUUGCCGACUUUGAUGUCCAGAAAUGUAGGUUUGAACUGCUCAGUAAUCCCUUCGCAGUUAAUGUGGAAAACGCACCAACCAACCUCCAAAUGGAGCUUCUAAAUGAACUCCAGUGUAAUGACACGCUGAAGUCAAAGUAUGAUGCUGUGGGCGCCGCACAGUUUCCACAGUUCAUCCCUGACACAAUGCCUCAGCUCCGCACCCAAGCUGCUCAGAUGCUCUCCAUGUUCGGCAGCACUUAUCUAUGUGAGCAACUUUUCUCCUCGAUGAAGAUGACCAAAACAUCUCACAGGAGACGUCUGACUGAUGAACACCUUCGCUCGAUACUGAGGAUUUCCUCAGCUCAAAGCUUGAGCCCAGACAUUGAUGAACUAUCAUCCAAGAAGAGAUGCCAGGAUGUCUCAAGAAUCAUUGAUGGGCGAUACAUCAUCAUCCCGUGGGAGCGUGGUGUCACAUUCCGCAAGAUACUCCACACCAUCAUUAAGGUCAUGGACUGCGCCCAAGUUGAUGGCAGAGUUAUCCAAAGAGUUCCGGAGGUUCAAAAUCUGCAGGUGGUGUCCAUGGACACUAUUCAGACCUCGCUUACACAACUGCACGCGGCCAUCAACUCCAUGGCGUCAUCUAUGUUGAACUUUCAGGCCAGGCUAGAGUCGGUCGAGGCAGUUCCAGCCAACAUUCGACAGGAAAUUAUUGACGGCAAGGACAUGAACUUAGCGUCCUUACUCAUAACAGCUCAUGAGGCGCCAGACAACAAGACCAUAGUCUGUGGGGAGGUCUCUGUGGUCCUCAAAUCUAAGGACGUGAGGUUGAAUAGAAACUCAGCAUACCAGACUCCAGUUCCUGCUGGUUCUCAAUCCCAGGAUGAACCCACUUCAGCUUCUGCUAUUCCUCUACCUCAGGAUGACCUGUCCCAGAGUGUACCUGAAAGAGUUGCAGAGCCUAUGGACUCCUCCAACCCUCCUGAACUAAGCCAGGAAGAAUCUCCGCCAGUAAGAAGAUCCACACGGUCUACUAAGGGGCACCCACCUGUGAGAUUUGGGGACUACAUUGUGGGCCCAAGUAGCCCCUCCCGGGAAAACCCUGUUUAA